CACGAAUCCUAGGGUUUCUCUUAAAGAAUGGAACAACUAAAGCCCUUACUGUAAAGUAAAAUAUAAACCCUAAGCAAAAUCCUAAAAGGAAAUUACAUUCGGAUCCAGUAUGGACAAGAACAUGUUAGCAGGUCUCGAGGGUCUCCCUGAAGAAGAUAAGGCCCGAAUGUCUUCCAUGAUCGACCAUCUUCAGCUUCGUGAUAGUCUAAGAAUGUAUAAUUCUCUUGUGGAGAGAUGCUUCAAUGACUGCGUGGACAACUUCACUCGCAAGGCUCUGCAGAAGCAAGAGGAGACCUGCGUCAUGCGAUGCGCGGAGAAGUUCUUGAAGCACUCAAUGCGUGUAGGACUGAGGUUUGCAGAGCUUAACUCGCAGGCCGCAACACAAGAUUAAAGCUAAUAAGCGACCAUGAGUUGGAGCUCAAAAUGUUUUUGCAUAUCAUGUAGAAUUUUCUUCUUUUGGGAUAAAUUGGGUUCUUCCUCAGAUGAAAAGCAUUACGUUGCUGGGGUUGAGAAUUGAUGUUAAAUCAUAGAAUUUGUUAUUGUUGAUUUCCUCAUAAGAAAUUCAAUACAAUUGAAUAGAUAUUCGUUAUGCAAGAUAGUUCAUUCACA